AUUUUUUUGAAAUCACUUGUAACCACUACAAUCUCAACAGCACAGCACAGCAGCGCUAAUUUAUCUUAGAACUUUGGACUUUGGCUCUUCUGGCCUGUUUUUAGUUAUCUAUUAAAAGCUUUACGCUCGCUUAAAAGUAUAAAUAACGGGAAAGUCUGGUACGUGUUGUGUAGAGACUUCUUUAAGGCUUUUUCGUUUAUUAGAAUUUUUUGUUAAAUAAUCAUGAUUAAUACGGGAAAACUAGCAGGUCAAACCAUUUUUAUCACCGGAGCAAGCAGAGGUAUAGGCAAAGCCAUUGCCCUCAAAGCAGCCAAAGAUGGUGCUAACAUAGUAAUAGCAGCAAAAACUGCCACAGCUCACCCAAAAUUACCAGGAACUAUCUAUACAGCAGCAGAAGAAAUUGAAAAGGCUGGAGGAAAGAGCCUUCCUUGUGUAGUAGACAUCAGAGAUGAGGCCCAAGUAAAAAGCGCAGUCGAGGAAGCUGUAAAAAAGUUUGGCGGAAUCGAUAUUGUGGUCAAUAAUGCAUCAGCAAUAUCACUAACAGGAACUGCUGAGACUGACAUGAAAAAAUUUGAUUUGAUGCAUAGCAUAAAUGCUAGAGGCACCUUCCUUGUUUCCAAAGAGUGUCUUCCAUAUCUUAAAAAAAGCAAAAAUGGUCACAUUUUAAAUUUGUCACCACCACUAAAUAUGGAUCCCCAGUGGUUUAAGCAUCAUGUAGCCUACACCAUGGCCAAGUAUGGAAUGUCAAUGUGCGUUUUGGGGAUGCACGAGGAGCUAAGACCUUUUGGGAUCGCUGUUAAUGCCUUAUGGCCCAAAACAGCAAUCCAUACAGCAGCAAUGAACAUGUUAGGCGGCGAUGAUGUGGCAAGACGGUGUAGAAAGCCCGAGAUUUGCGCAGAUGCCGCUUAUGCUAUCCUAAUUAAAGACUCCAAGGCUCCAAGCUCUACUGGGAACUUCUUUAUCGAUGAAGACGUGUUAAAAGCAGAAGGUAUAACUGACUUCGUGCAAUACGCGUGUGACCCAUCAAACGCAAAUGAUUUAAUGCCAGAUUUCUUCGUGGGCGGUGGGGAACCCCUCGUUGCUGCUAAACCUGCGGCCGGUGCCGCUCCCCUCGGCGAAGUUGGGAAGCUUUUCCAGGCCAUCGAGUCCAAUUUGACCCCCGAGACUGUCAGCAAGACACAGGCGGUCUUUGCUUUUGUUGUUACAGGAGAGGAGGCGGGAAAAUGGUUUAUCGACUUAAAAACUGGUAAAGGUGCCUGUGGACAAGGCGAGCCUCCCUCCGCCCCUGACGCCACCUUAACUAUGGACAGUAAAAAUUUCUUCAAUUUGUUCAACGGAAAAUUGAAGCCUGCCACUGCUUACAUGAUGGGAAAAUUGAAAAUCAAGGGAAAUCUACAGCAGGCAAUGAAAUUGGAAAAACUUAUGGGUAGCCUUAAGUCCAAAUUGUAGGUGCUAUUAUUGAAAGACUUAAUUGAAUGUUAAGCAAUACUACUUAUAUUUUUAAGUUAAAAAAGCAUUUUCAUAUUGUUUGAUAUGUUGCAGCAGCAACAACAAUUUAUUGUUAUUACUUAUAUUAUAUAAUUUUUAUACUUGGAGAUUGUCUAUUUAAUAAAUAAUAUUGUGGAUAUGAA